AUGUCCAACGUUUUCUUCGACAUUACCAAGAACGGCGCCCCCUUUGGCACCAUCAAGUUCAAGCUCUUUGACGACGUUGUCCCCAAGACCGCCGCCAACUUCCGUGCUCUCGCCACGGGUGAGAAGGGCUUUGGUUACGAGGGCUCCUCGUUCCACCGUGUCAUCCCCGACUUUAUGCUCCAGGGUGGUGACUUCACUGCCGGCAACGGUACCGGUGGCAAGUCCAUCUACGGUGCCAAGUUCGCCGACGAGAACUUCAACCUGAAGCACAACAAGCCUGGUCUGCUCUCCAUGGCCAACGCCGGCCCCAACACCAACGGCUCGCAGUUCUUCAUCACCACUGUGGUCACCAACUGGCUCGACGGCAAGCACGUCGUCUUUGGCGAGGUCGUUGACGGUAUGGACAUCGUCAAGGCCAUCGAGGCCGAGGGCACUGGCAGCGGCAAGCCCCGCAGCCAGAUCACCAUCGCCAAGUCGGGUGUCUACUAA